GUUUCCAGGGGGUCUGGAAACCCCCCAAGCAACAGCCGUCUAAUAUCAACUCAUUGUCUUACGUCACACCUUCUCCCGUACAGUUUUUGAUAUAGAUUCGGCAGUGAUUCCUGUGGUGUACUGUACACCCUACAUACGCUCCGUGACCGGCAGGGACGUCAAGGCACGCCUAACGCGCGCUAGUGUUCCAACUUUGCACGUGGCGGGCACCUUUCCUAGUCUCCUGACACGUGAAGAGAGGGAAUUUCCGAAAGUGACUGUGGACAAUGAAGAGGCGUUCUAAAGACCAACUGACCAUCAGUGCUCUCUUUGAAGCUGCUAGAAAGAGAUCUCGAGGCGGGGACCCCACUCAAGAGAGUGUAGAUUCUGAGCGGGCAUCGUCGCAUUCCAUCAAUUUGGAACUGAACCCAAUGACAAGUGAAGCAUAUGAAACUGCAGACCUCAGUAUAGAAGUCACUGGAUCUGGUGGCAGCGGGGAUCAUGUAAGCGAUCGUGUUGAAGUGCUUGCAUUUGUCAAUGGGGAUGAACGUGAUCCUGCUGAAGCCUGCAGAGCGAUUAGUGAGUGUACUGCAGUCGGCGGCUGUACAGUAAUAAAUAGUGUAUCGUAUGAUGUCGUAGGAAACGAUGUUGGAGAACUGGUAGAUCCAAACAAACUGCAGGAUGAUACAAAGCUCUCCUUGCUGUUGGGUCAUUUUGUUCCAGACAGCCACUUUCCGUUUCCUCCUCGGCAAGAGAAGAAGAGUGGGCGAGAUACCAAGCGCUAUUUUCAAUUACAAUGGCUUGAAAAGUAUAACUGGCUAGUUUAUUCUCCAAGCCAAAAUGGUGGAUAUUGUCUACCUUGUGCACUUUUCAGCACUGAUCAAUCAACAGGCCAGCUCUGCAAACAAGCAAUGGUAAAGUUCACCAAAGCGUCUGAGACCCUUAGAAAGCAUGACCAACAGGAAUGUCAUAAGGUCUGCUGUACCAGGGCCAGCCAUUUCAUUGCAACCAGGAGACAUGGUCAGGCAAAUAUUCUUCAGCUUGUCGUAGACCAAGGGAGUAAGCAAAAACAGGAAAAUAUAGCCAAGCUUUGUGCCUUGAUCAAGACUGUAGAGUUUUGUGGACGCCAGAACAUUUCUUUGCGUGGCCACAGAGAGAAAGGAUUUACUUGGGACCCCAACGAACAGUUAGCAUGUAAUCCUGGAAACUUUCUAGCUCUAUUGCGUUUUCGUGUGGACGCAGGUGAUGAACACUUGUUGAGGGACUUCCAUAUGUCUCAGUCUGCUCGAGGACUACGUGCGUCUUACCUGAGCCCAACAAUACAGAACGAGUUGAUUGAGUGCUGUGGGAAGGUUAUACAAGAAGACAUAUUGAGAGAUGUCAGAAAAGCACCAUUUUUCUCAGUGUGUGCAGACGAAUCUGCUGAUGCCAGCAACCAAGAACAGUUGCCCCUGGUUCUUCGUUUCGUCGAUGAGUCUGGACUCAUUCGUGAAGAGUUGGCUGAAUUUCUCUGUUGCUCUGAUGGCACCACCGGGCUAGCUUUAGCUAAUCUGCUACUGACCACAAUGACGGAAAUGGGCUUGCAGCCAAAAGAGAAGCUUCGUGGACAAGGCUACGACGGUGCAGGGAAUAUGGCUGGACCUUUGCAGGGUUGUGCAAGCAGAGUAACUGCAGAAUGCCCAAAAGCGCUGUACCUCCAUUGCAGUGCACAUUGUCUCAACCUGUGUAUAAUAAGGCUAAGCAAACUGCCUUUCAUCCAGUCUAUGUGGUCAUCAUUGUUAGACGUCAACAUCUUUUUCAAAUAUUCACCAAAGCGUGCUCAUGCUAUGGCUGAGAUAGUUCAUGAAUGGCGUCAAGGAGAGGGUGGCGACUCAAAGAAAAAGUUGGUUGAUUUGUGCAAAACAAGGUGGGUAGCGCGACAUGAAGCCCUUGUCGUGUUUGCUGAGCUUUAUCCAGCUGUUUUAACGACGUUGGAGACAAUCAGCAGAAACAGGGGUGGAACAGUUACAUGGAACGCUACUAGCUCCUCCUCUGCUACAUCUCUCCACAAUAACCUAACCCAGUUCCGAUUUCUUGCAACAUUUGUGAUAACAUCAAAAUUGAUGGCUGCAAUUCAAAGCCUAACAUCAAGUCUCCAAGAGAAAGCCACAGAUGUUGCAAAGGCUUACAAACACGUCGCUAGAGUCAUCUCCGUUCUUCAAGAUAUGCGGGACAACAUCAACGACAGGCAUGGUGAAUGGUGGACAGACGUUCAGGCUUUGUGUCUGAAGACUGGAGUGCAAGAGAGUCUCCCAAGAUAUUGCAGUAGGCAGACGUACCGUGGGAACAUUCCAGCGCAAACGCCAGUUGACUACUAUCGCCUGAACGUGAGUAUACCGCUACUAGAUGACAUUAUUUCGCAAAUGAAUAUCCGGUUUGGAAACCUUCAACAACUAGCUAUGAAAGGAAUGUCAUUUAUGCCGACGAUUUUGCUACGUGAUGCUUCAGCCAAAGCAGAUAUUCUUGAAUUUGGAAAGGCAUAUCAAAGUGAUUUUCCUACUGCGAGUCCGAACUUGGAUGCGCUGUCUGCAGAAAUUGACUUGUGGAUUGCCAUACUGAAAUCACUGCCCAUUUCAGAGCACCCCGCUACUGUAGCAGAAGCGUUGCGUUUGGCAAUGGGUAAUCCACUAAUUCCAACUGUGUCGAGGCUAUUGCGCCUUGUCUGCACCUGGCCUGUGACGUCCUGUGAGUGCGAGCGGUCUAUAAGUGCUCUCAAUCGCGUCAAGACAUCUCUCCGGGCAUCCAUGUCGCAGAUCCGAUUCAACGGACUUGUCAUGCUGCAUGUCCAUUACAACAGGAAGUUGUCACACUUGGACGUGAUCCGCUUAUUUUCUGCCAGGAACCCGAGAAAGAUUAUUCUCCCAAACUUUGGAGAGCCAUACUCAGACAGUGAACUAGCUAACACUUUUGUACUGGAUACUGAUUCACCAGAAGACACGUGGGACACUGAGCUAGACAGCUAAAUGACUUAGUUUACAAUUUUGAAGUUGUGUGAAACGUUUAUGCUAUUAUCAUAUUCACUACAGAUAUCAAGCUCGUAAGAUUUGGAAACCCCUCUGGAAACCCUUGAGCUACGCCCCUGACAAAGGUAUAGCCAAUACGGCAUAUGCAGACUUUGGAGGCAAUAGAUCAUCUACAAGCUGUCUGUGAUCACAUUGUCAGACUGAGAGAUUUAUACUAAGAAGUAGAAGUCCUAACCCUACGAUUCCAAAUUUACAAAGUGAUAAUUGUCUUUUAUGUAUAAUAUUUAAAUGCUAUUAUUGUGGUAGGGUAACAUUUUCAACUAUGAUUUUUUGUUGAUCCCCAUUCACUGGAAUAUCAGAAAACACUGGUGCUGCAGUGUGAUUGACAUGAAAAAACCAAUAAAAUAUUAUGAACCUCUAAUGGUAAGAUCCCCAGGAGUUUUCGAGAAGAUCAGGGAUUGGUUGACGUAUGAAGCCAAUGAAUUGAAGACAAGCUUUUUAGAAGAUGACUGGAAAGAUGUUGUUGUGACAUACAAGAUGCUGCACGGCAGCUAGACUCUUCAAGUUGUGGUGUAUACCUUGUUGGUAUCUCACUUAUCAGUCUGUGGGUGCAAGGCUAAUUAAAAAGGACCCUAUUUCUUAUAGUAUAUGAGAAACGUUGCAGUAGGAAGUUCCGUCAUUAAAUCUAUCAGCGAGAAUAACAUUAUUGAAAUCCGAUCUUGGUUUGCCCGCAGACUUCUGAAACAUGCAAAAAUUACAUCUCCAGCAAAGAAAAAGUAGCAGCUAGUACUAUAAUAGUUAAGC